AGCCGGAGAGAGAAGAGGAGAGUUCAUGUGUCCUCACAGUGUCUCCCAGCGCGACAGUAAGUCGGCCACAGAUGAACCUCGCUGCAGCGAUGGAGCCUUCGCCUCUGAUCCAAGUGGACAUGGCCUCAGGGUCUCGUGAGGUGGAAGCCCAAACAGACGAUCAUCUUCUCAGCCUGAAAGCCUUGACGGAGAAGCUGCGACUGGAGACGCGCAGACCUUCGUAUCUAGAGUGGAAAGCCAGAGUGGAGGCCGAGGCGUUCAGGGAGGAGACGGUGGACUUGACGGCAGGACGUCCCCAGGUGGCCUCCGGCGCUCUGGAAAGAUUUGGAAGCAUCGACGAGGCUCUCAGCUGGAUCAGGACCGAGCUGACGGCCAUGCGCGUGCACGACCAGCAGCUCGCCAGUCAGCUCAUGCGACUGAGGAGCGACAUCAACAAGCUAAAGAUCGAGCACGCGUGUCACCUUCACCGAAGGAUGCUCAACGACGCCACCUACGGGCUGGAGGAGCAGGACGAGCUGUCGGACCUGCCGUGUGAGUCCCCCGUCAGCUUGGCUCUGGGACUCUCUGCCCCGCUCCGACUCAUCGGGGUCACCAAGAUGAACAUCAACACGCGGCGCUUCUCGCUCUGCUAGCGGGAAAGUGACUAAAAGUAACGAGUCUGGAGCUUAUUUUAUAACAAAAAUAAAUGAAGCUGGUACAUUUACGGAUUGAAAUGUUCUUUUUUUGGUGUGAAAU